AUACGAACAAAAGCGAAAGGAACUUGUCAUAAUUAUAGUAAUAAUUUCCUGUCGAUUCUUUUUCAAUUUUAACAAAACCCCUUGUUCCAAUAAGCAUCUUCAGUUUCGAGUUCCUUUUCUACUAAACCGGUUUACUUUUUUUUCGAUCAACCGUUCGUAAGAAGUUCUCACAUGGCUUUUUUCUGAUCGACUCGUCGGCGCUGCUCAAGUAACCAGAGGCACAGCGAACUUCGAGCCGAGCCGGUAUUAGUUCGAAAUGAGGUGGUAAAAAACAGAGAGAAAAAGUCACCCACUCCUCACUUCACUUGACACGAAUUUGGAGUUUCGUUUUGCAGCUCGCAUUUCACAGUAUUGUCCUCGUCGAGAACAAUGUGAUGGCACUCGUCUGAAUUUCAUUUCGACCAAUAGCUUUGAAUUCUUUUUUUUUAUUUGUUAGAAAGUUACUGUUCUUUUUUCUUUUAUUGUCAUUUUUUUCGUCACGUGUGUCUGUUGCUCGACAUGUGAGUUCAUUUCAUUUCUUUCCCACCGAACGAAGUGGAUAAAUUAACAAAAUAUCGUCUGCAACAAAUUCCAUUGCAAAGUGUUGUUUCUCUGGAACUGCGAUGAAGCUGAAUAUAAUAUUUAUAAAGAAUCACUGAAAACUGUGAGUACGAAUUCUUCAGUUGUAUCUUUUUAAAUUUCAAUUCAUUGAAAUUCGUGUUUUCUACAAUAACGUUCAAGAUAUCGUUACAGAAUUACUAUGAUUAGAACAAUUCAAAAAGAACAAUUUAUAGAACAAAGUUUUCGUUUAGUACAAGAUACGAAAACCUGAAGAAUUUUUAAGAAUUUUUUUUUAAUAUAUUAGAAUUAUAUUUAUUAGCUUUUCUUAUUUCAUUUCCGAACUGAUUUAUUAAACAAUUUUAUAACUUGUGUCUGCUUGAAACUAAUUAGCUGGAAUUAAGAACGUUUCUGGAUAUGUCAAAUUUUUCUAAAUUCUAAAACGAAUUUUAAAAAUAAAAAUCAACCAUGUUUCCUUCAUAUUUUCCAAUGGACACAACCAAGCGCUGUCUUGUGUGCGUGGUGUUUAUAAUUAACUGUGUUACAUUUGCUUUAAUAUGUACUGCCAUGCUGACACAAGAAUGGGUGAUUGUCAAGCCAGUGAGAACUGGACUGAACAUUAGUAUAAGAAAUACAGAACUAACUGAUGUGGAAUCCAGCAGAUUUCAAGGAGUAAUAUAUUUCGGACUUUUUAAUGGCAAGAAGAUUCUCAACUAUGGUUUUGGAGAUCGGUCAUUUGAAUUAAAAAUUGUGUGCGUAUCGAAAUUAAAAACCUGCAUGUACAGCUCCAAAGAAAAUUCCACCGAAAGAGUUCGUGAUCUGCACGAAAAUUUUUAUCUAGAAAAUGGUGACAAAAACAUUACAGUAGAAGAAGACAGCUUUAACGACAGCUUGCCCGACUUCAACUCUUGGAUCGUCACCGUUUCCAGCCUGUCUCUGGCUGCCAUGUUUGCCAUCACGGGUGGAGCCUUCGCCAUCGUCAAUGCCAUUCGGAAUUCAGCGGAAAUGGUCUUUGGAUUCCUUGGCAUCCUCAUAUGGAACAGUUUUGGAUUUGUGUCCGGUGCAGUGUCCAUCUUCAGCUGGAUCCUCUUGUACUUCUUCAAAUUCCGUAGGAAUGUCAUGACCAGAGAAGAACUCGAACAGCACUGGGUCUCUGAGUUCCGAUCUUGUGUCGGUUUCAGCUUCUACCUGGUGGUGCUGUCCACUGCCCUCUUCGUGGUCAACGUGGGCAUCAUUUCCACCAUCAUUAAACAACCCUGGGUGGACAGGAGAUUGAGGGCAGAGCUCAGGAAGAAGCUAUCCUCCGGCAAAUAUGCGUCCCACUCUCCAGCGUCCAGCAUCGCUAAAAAACCGAAGAGUGACAUCAUAUCUGUCUGAACAUUCAUUAAGACUGCAACACAACAUGAUGUGACUUACCUUCUUCAUGUUAUGUGACAUACAUGUUUUUUAUGGCAUGUGACUUCCGGAUUCAGUGCAAUGUGGGUUUCGAAUCGAGAAGCUGGGGCACAGGUGGUCAUUCUUUCCUCUGUUUAUUACGAUAUAUGAAUCAUUGCUCUGUUGUUGUUUUUAUAUAUUGAAGCUAGUGGUGGUAUGAGAUAUCACUUUUAGGUAGAGAUAUUUGUCUCCUGGAAUAGAAGGGCAAUGUGUGUAUUUUUAAAUAAAUUUUUUUAUAACGAUA